CCUCCACAAAAAAGAUUAGUUAAUAGUAUUGGGCAGAAUGGGCAGCUUUAAAGGCUACAACGGGGUCGAAAAAGUUGCUCUAAUUUUGACAUGACAGCCUUGUUAAUGUAAAGGUGAUGGAAUUACGUACCAUACACUCCCUCUUUUUCCCCAAAAGUUUCUCACUAUUUUAUGCUUAAUAUCUCAUAUGCACCAAACCACUUAUAUUUUCAUCACGUUACCCUCCCAAAACAACACCUUACUUCCCCACCCUACCCUACAAAUUAACACCAUCACACCCUCUUACACUUACCCAAGAUGCCAACGUUUUCAGACACUCUAUUCUACUCACAACGUUAAUCUUUAAUUUUCUCACUACUCCAAACCAUUGUCUGCAACAACAACAACAACAACAACAUCCAAGAUUGCGACGAAAAACUGCAAUUUUUCACCUUGCUUUCAGUGCUGUUACAUCAUCCUCGGAGAUGAGAACAGGAAGCUGCGCCGUGCAACAGGGUCUAACCCCGGAAGCUGCAAGCAUAGUGAAGCAAGCGGUGACACUCGCGAAGCGUCGCGGGCACGCGCAGGUGACGCCGCUCCACGUUGCGAACACGAUGCUCUCGAUCACCAACGGCCUUCUACGAACCGCGUGUCUCCAAUCCCACUCUCACCCUCUUCAGUGCAAGGCCCUGGAGCUUUGCUUCAACGUUGCGCUCAAUCGCUUACCGGCUUCAACCUCUUCCAGCCCCAUGUUGCAAGGCUCUCACCACCACCACUCUCACGCCUGCCCCUCCAUCUCCAACGCUUUGGUUGCCGCCUUCAAACGCGCUCAGGCGCACCAACGACGUGGAUCCAUCGAGAAUCAACAACAGCCUCUUCUGGCAGUGAAAAUAGAACUGGAGCAACUCAUUAUCUCGAUCUUGGAUGACCCUAGCGUUAGCCGAGUCAUGAGGGAGGCUGGGUUCUCCAGCACCCAAGUGAAAAGCAACGUUGAACAAGCGGUUUCUCUGGAAAUAUGCUCUCAGAACAAUGGUAGUGGCAAUAACAGUAACAGUAACGGUAAUAGUAAUACUAAGACAAAGGAAAACAGUGGCAGUGGAGAGAAAGGGUUGGUGUUGGAUCCCAUUAGGGGUGAGGAUGUUGCUAGUGUUAUUGAGAAUUUGGCGAGUCAGAGAAAGAGAAGUGUUGUGAUUGUAGGAGAGUGUGUUACGAGUAUGGAGAGUGUGGUUAGAGGAGUGAUGGAAAAGGUUGAUAGAGGGGAUGCUGGUGAGUGUCUCAGGGGUGUGAAGUUUAUCCCUCUUUCUCUUUCUUCUUUUGGGAAUGUUUCGAGAGUGGAAGUUGAGCAAAAGAUUGAAGAGUUGAGAAAUCUUGUGAAGAGAAGUGAAGAACACAACAAAGGGUAUGUUUUGUAUCUGGGAGAUCUCAAAUGGGUGUUUGAUUACAGAAGUCGUGGAUCACAAGGGAGAGCGUGUUAUUGUCCCGUGGAUCACAUGGUGAUGGAGAUUGGGAAGCUUGUGAAUGGGUUUGAAGAAAAUGGUGGAAGGUUUCGGUUGAUGGGUGUUGCCACUUUUCAAGCUUACAUGAGAUGCAAAAAUGGCCAACCAUCGUUGGAGACUCUUUGGGAUCUUCAUCCCAUUACUAUCCCUGCCGGAACCUUGCGCUUGAGUCUCAUCACUGACAGUGGUGUAGAAAAUGAGGCCAUAAACAAGAAAGCUGACAAGAGAAGUAGCUGGCUCUUACUCGAAGGAGUGGAGGAUGAACACAAACAACAACCUUGUUUCGCGGAAGCUUCCACCAAGAAUGAGACCGAAAUUCGAAGCUUUCAAAGCAGUACUUGUAAUAGUGACUCCUCAACUUCAACCCUCCCUGCAUGGCUCCAACAGUACAAAAAUGAGAAUAAAGGAAUCACCUACAAUGAUCAGAAUUGUGUCCCAGUGGGAGAGCUUUGCAAAAAGUGGAACUCUAUGUGCAGUUCAAUCCAAAAGCAACCUUAUCCUUCGGACAAAACACUCACAUUAUCCUCAGUGUCACCCACUUCCUCAACCUCAGGUUUCUCAUACGAACAACAACAUUCGAAUUUGCACCAAACCCAUCACGAGUGGCAAGUGGGUUCACCCAAAGACUCAUUGAACAACCACCAUUUCUGGGUCUCAAACAAUGGAUGCAACAACCCCAAGGAACCAACUUUGCGAGUGUACAUUCCAGAGAACAAGGACAACAACACAAAGCAACCAUUCUCAUCUCCCAACCCUAACUCCGCUUCUUCCAGUGACGUCAUGGAAGUGGAGCACGUGAGCAGGUUCAAAGAGUUGAACUCGGAGAACUUGAAAACACUGUGCAAUGCUUUGGAGAAAAAGGUGUCGUGGCAGAAGGAUAUAAUACCGGAAAUUGCGAGCACCAUUUUGCAGUGUCGUUCUGGCAUGGUGAGAAGAAAAGGAAAAGUGAGAAACAGUGAAGAAGUGAAAGAAGAAACGUGGUUGGUGUUCCAAGGUGUUGAUGUGGAAGCUAAAGAGAAAAUAACAAGAGAAUUGGCUCGGCUUGUUUUUGGAUCCCACAACCACGUCGUUUCCAUAGCAUUGAGUAGUUUCGCGUCGACAAGAGCAGAUUCAACUGAGGAUUAUAGCAGGAACAAGAGAUCGAGAGAAGAAACAAGUUGCAGUUACAUAGAGAGGUUCGCAGAAGCAAUGAUGAACAACCCUCAUAGAGUGUUUCUUGUUGAAGAUAUAGAACAAGCGGAUUAUUGUUCUCAACUUGGUUUCAAAAGGGCCAUGGAGAGAGGAAGAGUUGCGGAUUCAAACGGUGAAGAGAUUGCACUUUGUGACGCAAUCAUCAUUCUGAGCUGUGAAAGUUUCAGUUCAAGAUCAAGGACUUGUUCUCCUUCGAUCAAACAAAAAUCGAUGUCUGAGGAAGAAAAGAUCAAUGGUGACAUUGGAACUUUGGAGGAGACAAGCCCUUGUGUUUCUUUGGAUUUGAAUAUUUCCAUUGAUGACGAGAACGAGGUUGAGGAUCGAUCGGUGGAUGAAAUUGGGCUUCUUGAAUCCGUGGACAGAAAGAUUAUAUUCAACUUUCAGGAAUUGUGAGGAGAAGAAUUUCAAAAAUAGCUAAUUUUUUUUUCUUUCUCUUUUGUAGUUUAGGCUUCUUUGAAUUCUCUUUAUUCAUCAUGUCUUUGUGUUCUUAGGCAUUUUCUAGGGCUAGGGGUGAAACAAAUUGCACGCCCUUUAAUAUUAUUAUGUAACUAGAUAUGUACAUUAUUAUUACCAAGCAUAUCCAACUAUCUUUCUUACAUUAUUUUAAGAA